GCUCGACUUCGCUUCCUCGUCGGACUGAAUUCUCGCAACAAUGGCGACCGAGUUGACCGUCCAGUCGGAACGUGCGUUCCAGAAGCAGCCUCACAUCUUCGUCAACCCCAAGGCUCAGGCGAAGAGCAAGAAGGUUGGCACCGGCCGCCGUUGGUACAAGGAUGUCGGUCUUGGUUUCCGUACCCCCAAGACCGCCAUUGAGGGCUCCUACAUCGACAAGAAGUGCCCCUUCACCGGUCUGGUUUCCAUCCGUGGCCGUAUCCUGACCGGCCGUGUCGUCUCCACCAAGAUGCACCGUACCAUCGUCAUCCGCCGUGAAUACCUCCACUACGUCCCCAAGUACAACCGUUACGAGAAGAGACACAAGAACCUUGCCGCUCACGUCUCUCCCGCUUUCCGUGUUGAGGAAGGUGACUGGGUCACCGUCGGCCAGUGCCGUCCCCUCUCCAAGACUGUCCGCUUCAACGUCCUCCGUGUCCUUCCCCGUACCGGUAAGGCCGUCAAGGCUUUCUCCAAGUUCUAAGCGUCUCGAUGAGGAAGGGUGUGUUUUCGCGAGGACGAACCUAG